GCGGGGCGCGGGCGCUUAUAAGCCGCCGCCCCGGCAGCCUCAGCGUACAUCGCGCUGAAGCUUUGAAGUGCUGUGCGGACCCCGCAGCGCCAAGCCACCGGUCAGAAUGGCAUCAGAUGAGGGAAAGCUCUUUGUCGGUGGGCUGAGUUUUGACACCAACGAGCAGUCAUUGGAACAAGUCUUCUCUAAAUACGGACAGAUUUCGGAAGUUGUUGUGGUGAAAGACAGAGAGACUCAGAGAUCCAGAGGUUUUGGCUUUGUUACUUUUGAAAACAUAGAUGAUGCUAAAGAUGCAAUGAUGGCCAUGAAUGGAAAGUCUGUAGAUGGACGUCAGAUCAGAGUCGAUCAGGCUGGGAAAUCCUCAGAGAACAGAUCUCGUGGCUACAGAGGAGGCUCUUCUGGGGGCAGAGGCUUUUUCCGUGGGGGCAGAGGUCGGGGCCGUGGCUUCUCCAGAGGAGGUGGAGAAAGAGGCUAUGGUGGAAGCAGAUUUGAUUCCAGAAGUGGAGGAUAUAACGGCUCCAGAGAUUACUAUAAUAGCAGCAGGAGUCAAGGUGGUUAUGGAGACAGGUCUUCAGGAGGCUCCUACAGAGACAGCUACGACAGUUACGGUAAGUCCUGGUUCAACUGGGAAUGAUGCAGUACGUGUUGCUGUAGAAACUCUCUUUAAACCUUUCUGUCCCUCUCCUUGAGUCUGGAAAUCAGGCUCAGUUGGACUUUUUUACCUCCUAUUUCUGCUCUUUGCCCCCCCGUUUAGAACCAAAUGUGUGAGGCUUUUGGACGUUGGCCGUGCCGGUUUUAAGUUUCUAGUUUGUAAUGCAUGUGUAGGAGUUGCUUGGAUCUAAAGCCAAAAAAAAAAAGCAAGUUGGUUUCCUUUUAAAACCCAUUCCUGGAGCUCGAGACUAAGCUGAAACUCGGAUGCCUUUUAACAACCAUUAAUCAGAGAAAAAAGGGUGGGGGAAAAAAGUUCUCUUUACUCUGUAGCACAACUAGCAAAGUAGCAUUCUGAAAGUAAUGCAAGGGAGUAAAAUGCUGGAACUUGUCUAUGCUUCAGUGCCUUUACAAUUGUGCCUGCUUCUUGUCCUCAGCUACACACAACGAGUAAAAAUCCUUCCUGACUCAAGAUCGUCCUUCCAAUGGCUGUAUUUAUAAAGAUUUUUGGAGCUUCGCUGAGAUGGUUAUUGUGUAGUACAUCUGACUCGUAUUUUCACUUUUGUAGUAUUAUCAGUUCUAAUCUUGUCAUAAACACAGCCUGACAGCUUCUGAAAAAAAAAACAAACACAAACCAAGAUGGGCUGCUUAGACUUUUCUUUUUGAAGAGAGCUCUGCUUUCCAAGUGGUUUUAAUCUCUUUUGAUUUUUGAAAGCACUUCACAUUUUAUUUUACUCUUCAUGAUGAGCCGAGGUUGUUGGUGGUUUUUUUUUCCCCCCCUUCAAUGGUGAAGUUGGGGCCCCAACUCGGUUUCUUUUGAGAUAGAAAGGACCUUGAAUUCAAUGUUCACUGGAAGCUGAACAAGCUGUGGACUCUCUUUUUUUUUUUAAGUGCAUUACCUUCGUCUUUUGUAACAUUCCUUUAGUGUAGCAAGGUAGGAAUGCAGCCUGGGUACAAAUUGGAAGGCAAACCACCUUGAUAUAUCUAAAGAGAAACUUUUGCUUGUAUGUUCAAACCUGCAUAUAACGGUAUUUUUACUGUUGUAAUGAUGUAAAUUACCCAGAAAUAGACUUGCAAACUUACCAUAAAAGAGGUUCUUGAAAAUGUUUAUUUAUAUUGUCCUUUUUUACUGGAAGAAAUGAUGCAUAUUCCAUUGCUAUUGUAUUUGAAAGUGGUAAAGGAUUCUUGUAUAACACUUUUCUUUUGGCUUUACGAAGCCUAUUAAAAGACCGUCUGAAAUGAACUCUGCUCCUGACAUUUACAUUUCAUUGCACAACACAACCCUUGAAGAUGAAGAAAGAACAGUCUUUUUAAGUGCUAGAGGACAGAGAGAGAAGACUAAAAGGCUAGUGAUAGCCCAAGAGCGAGCCAGACCUUCUUGACCAGUUGGUAGAAUUGAAUCUGGAUCGGUCUUGACACGUGAAUUUCCUCAACGUGACUUUCACAUAACGGUGAAAACAGUCCAAAAACCAAACUUGUUUAGAGGCAGAGGACUGAAAGUAUAAACCUGAGGGUGUUGUGGUACUGGCAGCCUGAGUCAGGAGCGGAGGGAAGGCUGGAGUUAGGGUUGGAUGACUGAUUUGUUGCCUUAAACACUGCCGUAGCCUACAUUGCCAAGCUGGAGUGAAGAAUCAGUCCUUGAGUAACUGGACUGAGUUUUUUAGCUUGCCAGGAGUGUUGAAUGGGAGGUGCAUUGCCAUGAUUAGCUAGCUUUGUCAUUGCCUUACAAGUUCUAAGAAUUCUUUGCUAGCAUAUGGAAACUGCAGUGUCCUUGGAGAAAAGAAGUGUUGUGCCUCCAACAGAAACCUCUGAGACGAAAGCUGCUCUCUUGGCUAGUUCAUAUGUGGAAAUAGUCCUGUAAUUCGAGGUAACUCCUUUUGCUCAUGUCCGCAUCCUUCCUCUUGUUGAGAGCUCAUUUUGAAAGUCUAAUGUACCUGUGAAAAUAUUCCUUUUGAACAAUUUUGGUCAACUGGUGGAAAAAUUGUAACCCAUGCCGUAUGCAACCUUUGGCUUGUGGCACAACUUGAGUUCCACAGAUCAGAGUUGGGCAUGCAGUCAUGUCUUGCUAGUAGGUAUGGAAGCAAGAUGGGAAACGAAUUCCCUGACUUGAUAUGUGUUCAUCUAUUGAGAAUCUUCCUAGACUUCAUUAAGUUGCUCACUUUAAUUGUAGCUUUCUUUGCCAUCCUACUUGUUGCCAUUAACUUUUUCCCAUAGCCCACACUUCCUAAGCAGCCAUGUCAAAGUGGUUAACUCUCUGCUUAGGGAUCAAAUGAUACAUUGGCUGGAGUUUCAAAGGCAUCAGCCGGCCCUGGAACAAACAGUUUUCCCAGACUGUGCUUCUGUGGUGUGAUGGGUUCAGCGAAUGGCUUGUGAAACCCUCGUAUCUGAUGUGACCUGUCUUGUGGGGGGAGGUGGGUGGCAUUGGAGAAAAGCCUCCCUUUGAUACUUUUAUUAAUGCAUCUUUGCUUUGGCAGGCUGAAGAGAAAAAGGACACUGCACGUGGAACCUGAAGUGGGGGGAUCCUGAGGAAGGGAGAGCGUUGGUGCCAAGGAAGCUGGACCCAACACACAGAUUUGCCAACCAGCCGUGAAGACCGAGGAGGGGAACAGCCAUUGACUGCAGUGUGGUGGAGAUGAAGAGCUCUGAGCACUGUUGCUGAGUUCUGUCUAGGUCAAUUGAAGAAGGAGAUAAUUAAGCUAGAAUAAACUGCUGGAAUGUGGAAAAAAAA